AUGCUUCGCGUACGCAGAUACCGGAUCUACAUGGUCCUCGCGGCUGUCGGUCUCCUCCUACUCUACCGCAUGACCCAGGACACAGAUUGGGAAGCACUUUCUACCAGACCCAUUGAUUACACAUCCGAUGCCGGCUCGAAAUUGGCAACCGGCUCGAAACUUGAGACAGAACAAGAUGGCCCCAAUGGCGGCUUGGGCAUCCAGCGUAAGCGACCACAACAAAAGCCAAUCGACGGAAAGGAGCAGGGAGAAAGUAUAGUAAAGAUUCCAGAGCUCCGAGAACCAGAGGAAGGCAAGCAGGUUGAUUACACGCUGCCCACGAGCACUUCCAAGGAGCUAAAUGCAAAGCCCACCGAGGCUGACGACAACAGCACAGACAAGAAAAAGGCAGACUCGGAAACCAAGACUACCGAUACACCUCAAGUUGUCAUACCUAAUAGAAAGACGCCGCAUCAGAUUUGGGCAGAGGAAGCCGAAAAGGAACGUCUGGAGCAAGAGCUUCUUGAUGCUGAAAUCAAGGACAAGCAAGGUUUUGUAAUCACCAUUACAACAAAAUCGACUUCCACCUCGACCAUUCAUUGGCGUAAACCUACAGAGGUAUUUCCGGUAGCGCCCGAGUCUCUGCUGACUCUCCCGACGGGCAAGCCCAAGUCCAUACCUCGAGUUCAAUAUGCAUUCAAAGACGAGUCGGAAGCGGCUCGACAGGCACGCGAGGGCCGUCUGUCAGUUGUCAAGAGCGAGAUGCAGCGGGCUUGGACUGGGUACAAAAAGUACGCAUGGAUGCAUGAUGAGCUAUCGCCUGUAUCGCUCAGGUUUCGCGAUCCAUUCUGUGGUUGGGCUGCCACCCUUGUUGAUGCGCUCGACACUCUUUGGAUCAUGGGUAUGAAGGAAGAGUUUGCCGAGGCCGUCGAAGCGGUGGGCAAGAUUGACUUUACCACAUCUCCACGAACCGAGAUACCCGUCUUUGAGACGACUAUUCGAUAUUUGGGCGGCCUGUUGGGCGCUUAUGAUGUCAGUGGCGGAAAGCAAGGAGGUUACGACAUUCUGCUGGACAAGGCCAUUGAACUUGCGGAAAUUCUCAUGGGCGUCUUUGAUACUCCCAAUCGCAUGCCUGUCCUGUAUUACAAUUGGAAGCCAGCCUUUACGGGAAAAGCCAGACGCGCAGGAUCGAGCGUAAGCGUUGCUGAAUUAGGCUCACUGCUCAUGGAGUUUACGCGGCUCGCCCAGGUGACCCAGGACAAUAGGUAUUACGAUGCAGUGGCACGUAUCACAGACGCAUUCGAGGAGUGGCAGCUCAGGCCAAACGGGACCGAUAUUCCUGGCAUCUUUCCCGAGCAUGUAGAUGCAUCGGGCUGCAACAAGACGGCCGCUCAGAAUGCUCAGAUGAAGUUCACCGCCGAGCAGGAGGCAAACGUGCAGAGUGUGCUCGAUGCGCCAGAUGAUUACACCGGCCAAGAGUAUACACACAAGUCGAGAUUCGCAAACACCAUGAACACAGUUCCCGACCUGGCACUUUCUGACAAGGCCGACAGGCUCGGUACACGCAAGACUGGUUCAAGGAAGCGGACCGUUGACAUUGAUGUGGACUCUGACGAGGACCUCUAUGACCACCCAUUGACCGUCAACACUGGUUCGACCACACAGACAAAGAAAUUCACAGCUCCUUUGAUACUCUCGGCACCCAAUCUAUACCAGCAAAUGGCUGCCGACAGAGUGUCUGCUGAGCCAUACACCAUUCCAGAGUUCACCGAUGUCUGCUACCCGCAAGGUCUGACGGCUGGCAGCUGGGGCAGGAACACUUUUGGUAUGGGUGGUUCUCAGGAUUCGACAUACGAGUACUUUCCAAAGCAGUUCCUUCUCUUGGGCGGGUUGGAACCAAAGUAUGAAACCAUGCAUCUCAAGGUUGUUGAUGCUGUCAAGAAAUGGCUUCUUUAUCGCCCAAUGGUCCCUGACAACCGCGAUAUUCUUUUUAGCGCCAAGGUCACCACAAACGGAAUCACAAGUAAAGACCCGAUCAGUGAGUUUGAAGUGACACACCUGACUUGCUUCCUUGGAGGCAUGUUUGGCAUGGCUGGAAAGAUCUUUGAAGAGCCUGUCGAUGUUGAAAUUGCCAAGAAGCUCACAGAUGGGUGCGUCUGGGCAUACGAGAACACCGCAACAGGAAUCAUGCCCGAAGGUGCGACCGUAGUGCCCUGUGCAGAUACAGGUGACUGCAGAUGGAACGAGACACUUUGGCAUCGGUAUCUAGAUCCCAUGUGGGAUAUGCGAGAGAAGCAAAUCGAUGACUACUACAAGCGCAAGGCCACAGCAAAAGCCAAGGCUGAAAAGGAAAAGCUAGAUGAGCUACGUCGAGAGGCAGAGUCUGAGCUAGAUGACGUGUCGGACGCCAAUGCCAAGUCAUCAGAGUCUCUUGAUAUUGCCGAUCUGGCCGAGAUUGCAGACGAAAUGUCGGCCAAAUCGGACGCCAUGGCAGACGACAAGUUCCUAGCAAAGAAGAAGACAAAGAAGCGCGAUUUGAAUACUAACCCGGACCAGCUCGAAACCAGCUCCAAUGACAAUACACCCCCGGCCAAACCAUCCCAAAAACUGGCAUUUGAGGAUCCAAUGAAUGAUAUCCUCGUUGCUGGUGGAUCUGGGCGUGUUGGGAAGCCGAUGCGGAGUAGUGCAGCGCAAGUGUCCCUGCAAGACGAAGAAGAGGACAGAACCAAGCCAGAUCCUGCCAGGCCGCUCACUCAUGAGGAAUAUGUAAAGGCACGACUCGAGAACGAAAAGAUUCCUCCUGGGUUCGUGAGUGUAUCGGCAAAGCACUACAUCCUGCGUCCCGAGGCUAUUGAGUCUGUCUGGUACAUGUACCGCAUCACAGGUGACACAACAUGGCAGGAAAAAGGUUGGAAAAUGUUUGAAUCCAUCAUUGCUGCCACGCAAACCGAACACGGUCACAGCGCGAUCACCAAUGUUCUCGUGCCGGGCUCAGACAAGGACGACGCCAUGGAGAGUUUUUGGUUUGCCGAGACCCUCAAGUAUUUCUACUUGCUCUACUCGACCCCUGAUGUCAUAAGCCUGGACGAAUGGGUACUGAAUACCGAGGCACAUCCGUUCAAGAGGCCGUUGCCGUCGGCUUGA